AUGUAUAGAACACAUGUUGCCCAACAAAUGAUUAAGCGCAAUAGCGCUCGUCCUAAGGGUACCCGUCUCGGUCGCAACCAGAACAGCGGCCCCGUCUCAUCCGUCCCAUCGUCGCGCCCACAGAGCGACGUUGAAGAUGAAUUUGAACGCGAAAUGAAUGACUUUGUUGAACAACUCAUGUCAGGUACUUCCACCCCAAGAAACAUUGAAGACUCGGCAAAACUCACUGAAGAGUACGAUGCUGCCGUAAUGCAAUAUGUUAACGAGGCUGCUGAAGCUGAUGUCCCUAUCACUAAGCAGUCUGCCUCUUCAGAGGCCAGAAAGACUCUUGGUUACAAUGUAAAUUACGAUAUCUUAUCAAAAGACCGUCGCCACUCAUCUCAAUCUCUUCGCCAAUCUGCACUUGAACGCAUUUGCUCUCAACUUGCCGCCAAACAUGACCCUACAAUGUUUAAAUACUCAAACCUUGAAGUCUUGGAGAAAUCCUUUUCCACUGGCCGUACUUCCCAAGAAAUUGCUCUUGCUGCUAAAGCCCUUACUCUUUUGGCUGCUCUUGAAAUUGAAGACUCUGUUGAGUUUAUUCAAAGUAAGGUUCUCGGACCUAUGCUUGCCAUAAUUGUUGAUGAUGACCGUGAAUCUGCUUUACGUGCUUCCUUGGCAACUUCAUACGGAUUGCUUCAAUCAUUUAUCAAUACUGGAAGCCAAGGCUUUGGUCUAGAGGACAAGGUGAGUGCUCUCCUGGAUGUCGCCACUGCGUCAUCAACUUCUGCAUCUCAAUCUGUCCUUACUUCAUCUGCUCUCUUGGCUCUUUCCUUGGUUGUUGGUGCCAUUGCUGCUCGCAACAAUGUCAUUGAGGAAAUCCUUCCAGAAAUUGUUGAGCUUCUUAAAAGCAAUAGUGGUGAAGUUAUCAUUAGCGCAGGUAAGACAAUUGCUCUCUUAUACGAGCUUUAUGAUUUUAGCAGUCAAUACGAUGAAACUACCUAUGAUGAUUCAUCAUUUGCUGGCUUUAAUGGUUACCGUUUUGAAAUUCCGACCGUCGACAAUAGUGACAUGAUUGAUGAUAUCCGUUUCAUGCAAGACACUUCUGGUUCUCACCUUGGUAAAAGUAUUAAGCAGGAGCAACGUUCUAUCUUCCACAAGAUUUUGUCGUACCUCGAAGUACGUUUACAAGUAAUUAAUUCUGAAAAGGCUUUGACUGAAGAGGGUAGAUUGCUUGCUCUCGACGAAGCGAUUGCUCAUAUUCGUCUAUCUAGAGCAAAAGCUUUCCCCAUUGCCACCUGGGGCCAGCUGGUAUUGUCUCAGGGCCUCAAGUGGCUUUAUGGAAACUCUCUUCCCACACAAUUGGCAAACAAUCCAUUAAUUGUUGAUUUGGUCAAGUCUGCUGGUCCUGAAGAGCACCCAGACUAUCCUGCUGUUUCUGAAGAGGCCGCCUACUCUCUUGGUCUGGAAGCUGAGUUUAAGAGCACUGCUGUUGAAAACGAAUUGUCUGAACGCAACCGGGAAAAGAAAAUUCAAAAGAAUAGAGACCAUAAACAAGCUCUCAUGAAUGGUCUUUAA